AUGGCUUCCAGAAUCCAUGGACGAGCUGAUGACCCAAGCGUUAUAGUCGGUCUUGCCUGCCGUGUACCUGGAGCCAACACUCCCAGCAAGCUCUGGCAGAGCAUUGCGGAACAGCGUGAUGUCCAGCAGAAGAUGCCCGAGGACAGGCUGAAGGUGGAUAGUUUUUUCCACCCUGAGCCCACCCACAAGGGCACGACGAAUGCCCGUUUCGGGUACUUUCUCGACCAAGAUAUCGGAAACUUUGAUGCGGGUUUCUUUGGCAUCUCUGGAAAGGAGGCCGAGGCCAUGGACCCCCAGCAGCGUCUGCUUCUCGAAGUAGUCUAUGAAGCCCUCGAGAAUGCUGGAAUCACUCUUCAGGAGAUUCGAGGCUCGUUGACGUCCGUGUUUUGCGGAAGUUUUACCAAUGACUAUAAUGCCAUGUUGACCAAGGAUUUGGAAUACUAUCCCAAGUACACUGUGACUGGCACCGGCGACGCUAUCCUAUCCAACAGGAUUUCCUACUUUUACGAUCUUCACGGCACCAGUGUCACCAUUGAUACCGCUUGCUCUUCGUCCCUUGUCUGCUUCCAUCUCGGUAGCCAGACCCUGCAAAAUGGCGAAGCCGACAUCUCCAUAGUUGUUGGGUCCUCGUUGCACUACGACAGCAACGUCUUUGUUACCAUGACCGACCUCGGUAUGCUUUCCACCAACGGCCGCUGUGCGGCGUUUGAUGCUUCCGGAAGUGGCUACGUCCGAGGUGAAGGCAUCGCCUGCGCUAUUCUCAAGCGCAAGUCUGAUGCCAUCGCCAACGGUGACAGCAUUCGCGCUGUUGUUCGUGCUACCGGGUCCAACCACGAUGGUAAGAAGAAUGGCAUCACUCUUCCCAACUCUGUUGCCCAGGAGCAGUUGAUCCGAUCAACAUAUGAGCGAGCCGGAUUGAACCCCAGCCACACUCAGUAUUUUGAAGCUCAUGGCACUGGCACCGCUGCCGGAGACCCUAUCGAGGCCCGAGCAAUCGGUGCCGUCUUCGCCCCCGGCCGCGAUGAGCCAUUGUUUGUCGGUUCUGUCAAGACAAAUAUUGGCCAUCUUGAAGGUGCCUCUGGUCUUGCUGGUGUAAUCAAGACCACGAUGGCACUGGAGAACAAUUACAUCCCCCCAAACAUGCACUUCAAGACGCCAAACCCCAACAUCGAGUUUGAGAAGUGGAAGAUUACUGUGCCAACGAAGCUUGUUGAGUGGAAGGUUCCCGAUGGUGUUCCCCGGCGAGCCAGCAUCAACUCCUUUGGCUACGGUGGUACCAACGCCCAUGUUGUUUUGGAGGAGUAUACUCAGGACGAGCAAAUACCUGCUCCUAUUCCUCCUGAGCCUGUUGCCAACGGCGUGCACUCUCGCCCUUACCUUGUUCCACUUACAUCUCACUCCCCCAAAGCAGGCGAGAUGUCGGAGGAGACUCUCAAGGCCUACCUCAACAACACCGAGGACGCCACCAUUGCCGACCUUGCCUACAGCUUGUCGACUCGUCGGACAUUGCACCAGCAGCGUUCGUUUGUUGUUGCGAACGACAAGGCCGGCCUCGUCGACCAGCUCUCCUCUCCGCGCCCAGCUGCUCCUUGGGCCAUUGCUAAGAAUCCAGUUCCCAGGCUCGGCUUCAUCUUCACAGGCCAGGGUGCUCAGUGGUUUGCCAUGGGCAGACAACUCAUCGAAGAGUGUCCCCAUUUUCGCCAGAGUCUGCAGCGAUGCGACGCCAUUCUCAAAAGCCUCCCUGAUGCCCCUGAGUGGUCUAUUGUCGCUGAGCUCAACAAGACCAAGGAGACAACUUUACUAGGAGAGACGUUGUACUCUCAGACCAUCUGCACCGCUCUCCAGCUCGCCAUCGUUGACCUGAUUGCAUGCUGGGGAAUCAAGCCCUCUGCUGUCAUUGGCCACUCUUCUGGCGAAAUGGGCGCUGCGUAUUCUGCCGGCAUCCUUUCCUUCGAGAGCGCUCUCAUCGCAGCCUACUACCGCGGGCGAUAUAUGUCCUCUAGUCGCAGCGACGGUGUUCCUGGUGGCAUGAUGGCUGUUGGUCUUCCCGAGAACAAGUGUCUCGAGGAGCUCAAACCUUAUGCUGGCCGUCUCACCAUUGCUGCUGUCAACAGCCCGUCCACCAUGACUGUUUCCGGGGACCAAGACGCUAUCCUUGAGCUCAAGGAGAAGCUCACGGAGAAGAAGGUCUUUGUUCGACAAAUUGCUGUCAAGCAGGCCUUUCACUCUCACCACAUGUUUCCUCUGGCGCCGGCAUAUGAAAAUGCUCUGAAGAACAACCCUGCCUUCAAGACCAAUACCCCAACGUGCCGCAUGUUCUCUAGUGUUAGUUGUCGCCGGGCUGACCACGAGAAGAUGGGGGCUUCUUACUGGGCUGCCAACAUGGUUCAAGCCGUUCGAUUCUCUGAUGCCCUGACCGGCAUUCUCCUCGACGAAGAAGAUGAGCAGAAUGUGGACAUUUUGGUUGAAAUUGGCCCUCAUCCUGCCCUCAAGGGUCCGGCUCGCCAGACCGUCCAGUCUCUCAAGCUGGAUCUUCCCUAUGUCGCCUCCCUGACCCGCGGUGUGCCAGACUUCGAGGGCCUUCUGAACAUGGCCGGUACUCUCUUCUCUCUCGGCUACCCCGUUGAUAUCGUCGCCGCCAACCAGAAUCUCAGUCAAACCUCGAAAGGGGCUUUAGUCUCUACUCCUACCGGCACCAAGCUUCAUGAUCUCCCGACGUAUACUUGGGAGCACCGUCGGUACUGGUCCGAGACUCGUUACAUCAAGGAGCAUCGCCAGCGAGAGUUCCGCCAUGCGACUCUGGGCCAUAGGGUCGCCGGCUCCGUCGUGCGACAUCCUCUGUUUCGCAACUAUCUCCGACUCAGCGAGCUGCCGUGGCUCAAUGAGCACGUGGUUGAGAACAAGGUCGUCUUUCCUGGCGCCGGCUACAUCAGCAUGGCGAUCGAGGCAGCCAUUCGCACUGACCGGGUUGAGAGCGUGAAAAUGAUUCACCUCAAGGAUAUUGUUGUCAAGAACGCUCUUCUGAUUCCUUCUACCGACGAGGGCGUCGAAGUACUUCUUCAACUCAAGCCCGUCACUCUGUCCGCCAAGAGCCACUCGGAUACGUGGUACGAGUUCAACGUCUUCUCUUACGAUGAAAACUCAAACUGCACUAGCCACUGCCAUGGUCUCGUCAGCGUUGAAAGGGGGGACGCUGCUCCUAUCAAUUACACUUGUCGCUAUCCCGAGGGCACCAACUUGAAUGAGCUUCGCAAGAAGACGUACCGGUCCAUGCCUGCCGGCACAUUCUACAAGAACAUGGCAGAGCUUGGCCUUGCCUAUGGUGACAAGUUCCGUCUUCUCAAGGGCAGCAUCGAGAGCGGCGUUGGCUUCGCCGUUUCUGACCUCGUCUUCGACCCCGGCCAUCUUCCCUCGGAGGCGGGCGACGAGACGGUUCUGCACCCAACCCUGCUCGACUCCUUCUUCCACGUCAUCUUCCAUGCUGUUGAGAACCGUCUGGGACGUCCUCUGGACGAGCCCUAUGUUCCGUCCUUCUUCCGAGCUCUCAGGAUUUCUGGCAACUUCUUCGACGGGAGAUACUCUACGGCCGUGAAGAAGUUUCAGGUUGCGUCAUUCACAAAGCUGCCCUCUCCUCGUGUCGCCAUCAACGACAUGAUUAUGCAGAAUGACAGGGGGGAGCUGAUGAUGGAGAUUGCCGGGCUCGAGGUGACUUCUCUGGGGCGCGAAGAUCCCAAUGGCCAAGGACCGCGAACACUCUUCUACCGUCAGCGUUGGCAGCCAUUUUUUGACAUGAUGACAAACGUCGAGGGCAAACCUGUCUCUGAUGUUGUUGAUGUCUUUGCUCACCAGUAUCCCAACACCAAGAUGUUGCACAUCACUUCCGAUCUCGACAAGACACGAGACUUUAUUCAGCAUUUGGGAUGUGGCAAAGGAGAGCGAAGACGGUUCAAGCAGCUAGACGUCUGGUCACUCCAGGGAAAUGAGUUUGGAGAGGAAGCCGAAAGGCUGUCCAAGGAAUGCCGCGGUCUGGUCAACGUGGUAGAGCCGGCUCUCGACUCUUAUGACCUUAUAAUUGUCAGCGAGACAGGUGUAAAUGCAGUUUCAUUUAUGAAUGGCACUGGAUGCAUCUUGUUCGACGGACAAAAGGGCGUCGUCACCGCGGAAUUGCAAGAGCUCUUCUCCAGCCCUUUCUGUACCGCUCUUCGCAAGGCUGUUGAGCCAUUCACUCUCAACUCUGAGUUGUCCGUGGUCAUGCCAACAUGCAAGCCUUCUGCGCGAACUUCCCUCAUUCUCAAGGAGCUCGAGUCUGCUCACGGUGGUGACCUCAUCUUCACCAGCUUUCCCGAGCUGGCGCACCAGGGCACCGCGUUAUUGGCCAAGGAUGUCGUCGUCCUUGCAGGAUUGGACGAGUCCAUCUCCGACAAAGCUGCCUUCAAGGGGGCGCAGGCUCUUCUCACUUCUCUCGAGAAGAAUGUCAUCUGGCCAACCGAAGGUGCUACUCUCGAAGCCAACCGCCCAGACAAUGCCAUGUUCAUCGGGCUUGUCCGUGCCGCGCGAUCUGAGAACGACACUCUUCGCGCGGUGAAUUUUGAUUUCGGCAUCGACUCUCCCGCACAGACUGUCGCUGCCAAUAUCGUCCGUUUGCUCGACGGCAGAAUCACAGAGGACGAGUUGACGGAACGAAACGGCAUUGUAUACAUUCCCCGCGUGGAGGCAGACGACGAGCGCAACUGCAAGCUCAGGAACGGCCCUGACCAAGAACCCCGUCUUGAGCCCUUUGGUACUGCUCAGACUCGUACGCCUCUUGCUCUACGAAUCGGCAAGGUUGGUCUGCUCGAGACCCUGUACUUUGGUGAGGAUACCCAGGUCAUGGACACCAAGAUCAACGACAAUGAGAUCGAGGUUGAGACCAAAGCUUCGUCCAUCAACUUUCGUGACGUGGCUGCCAGCAUGGGCAUUAUUGAGGAUUCCAACCUCGGUGACGAAUGUGCCGGCAUCUGCACCAAAGUCGGCGCCAAUGUCAGGGGCUUUCAAGUUGGCGAUAGAGUUGUUGCUCUCCGUCCCGGCCAGGGCGCUCACCGCAGUCUUGUCCGAAACCCAGCGUCUUGGUGCUACAAGUUGCCCGACAACAUGUCUUAUGCUGACGCUGCUGCGAUGCCGCUGAUCCUUGGUACUGCUUGGUUUGCUUUGGAUCAUACUGCUCGCCUGGCCAAGGGCGAGUCUGUCCUUAUCCACGCCGCGGCCGGUGGUGUAGGCCAGAUGGCAAUCCAGAUCGCUCAGCGCGCGGGUGCCCAUAUCUACGCUACUGUAGGGUCUCCUGCCAAGAGGCGGCUUCUCAAGGACGUCUAUGGUCUCAAGGAGGAACAGAUGUUCUCUUCUCGUGAUGCCUCGUUUGCCGAGGGCGUGAUGGAGGCCACUGGUGGCAAGGGGGUUGAUGUCGUCCUCAACAGCUUGGCCGGUCCUCUGCUCCAUGCCUCUUGGGCCUGUCUUGCUCCCUUUGGGCGAUUCCUCGAGAUUGGGAAGCGCGAUAUCCACGAGAACACCAAGAUUGCCAUGGACCCCUUCCGACGCAAUGUAUUGUUCGCUUCAAUCGACCUUGUGACCAUGUUUGAAAAGAAUGAGGCUCUCGGCGAGAGGCUUUUCAAGGAGUGUUUUGCCCUUCUUGCCAAUGGCGAGAUCCGCACGCCCGCUACAAUCAAGCAAGUCCCGUAUUCUGACGUUGUAAAAGGCUUUCGAUUGUUGCAGAUGGGAAAGCACACUGGCAAGAUUGUUCUUGUACCCCAUGCAGAAGACAUGGUCCCGGUUAUGCGCGGCGGAUACCGUGAUGUCAAGCUAUUCAGCUCUUCAAAGACUUACCUCUUGGUCGGUGGUCUUGGAGGUCUAGGUCGCACUCUCUCUCAGUGGAUGGUCCGUAAGGGAGCCAGAAAGCUUGCCUUUUUGUCCCGUUCCGGUGCCGACAAAGCCGAAGCCAAGGCCACCAUUGACUGGCUUAUUGAACGUGGUGUUGAUGCCACCGUAUACCGUGGUGAUGUCUCCAAGUUUACUGAUGUCCGGAGUUGUGUUGACCAGAUUGGAUCUUUGCUAGGAGGCAUCUUCCAAGCCGCCAUGGUUUUGCAGGAUAAACCUCUGGAAACCAUGACAUACGAACAGUGGCAGCAUUGCUGCCAGCCCAAGGUUGAGGGAACCAAGAACCUGCACGAAGCAACUCUUGGAAACAAACUGGACUUCUUCGUCUGUUUCUCUUCCGUUGCAGCUGUUGUUGGCUCCAAGGGCCAGGCCAACUACUCGGCCGCCAAUUGCUACCUCGAUGCCCUCAUGCGACACCGUCGUGAGCUUGGCCUCAGCGGGACUACGAUGAACGUCGGCGCAGUUACUGGUGUUGGAGUUGUCGCUGAGAACGAGGAGCUGCAGAAGAUCAUGCUCAGAAUGGGCAUGGACACCAUCAAUGAGGAAGAACUCCUCUACCAGCUCGAAGAAGCUGUUCUUGCUGACAAGCCUGGUCGCCCUGUCACUGCUCGCGGCUGCAACGGGCACCAAAUCAUCACCGGCGUCGGACUCAUCUCACCGGAUGUAUACUGGGCUAGCAAGCCAAUGAUGAAGAACCUCUACACUAACCACGAUUUUGGUGCCGAGGGAGCCGGACAGAGCUCCAAGAACCUCCUUGCUCUCCUCGGCGAGGAACCCGAUAUUGAGAAAAAGACUGAGAUCCUUCUUGACGGAUUCUUGGAGAAGAUUGCUAGCGUUCUUGCUACUCCCCGCGACUCAAUCCUGCCAAGCAACCCAUUGUCUGCUUAUGGUCUCGAUUCCAUUGUUGCUGUUGAGUUCCGAAAGUGGUUCCGAAAGGAGGUCCAGGCUGAUAUUGCGCUCUUCGACAUAUUAGGUGCUACUUCUAUCAACGCCCUGGUGUCCAAGACUGCUCGUAUGGUCACCACUAUCUCCGCGAGCAAACAUACCGCUGGCGAUAAGCCUGAGAAGAAGUCUGCUGUGGAGUCUGAAAGCACCAAGGAGGAUAGCAACGUCUCUGCCAUGGCUACGGGACAGCUCAUAAAAUCCCAGCAUAGCGGCGUUGUUCCCCUGUCUACUUUCCAGUCCCGUCUCUGGUUUGUCCAUAGUUUCCUAGAGGACAAGUCCUUUCUCAACCUGCCCAUUGUUCUCCGAAUAAGGGGCAAGCCCGACUACCCAACUCUCCAGAAGGCCGUCCAGGAGAUGGCCGUCAGGAACCCUGCUUUGCGGACUGCAUAUUUCGAGGGAGAUGACUUUGCCGUCCAAGAGCCCCUGGAAGAUUUUGAGCUCGGCGUUGACUUUCGUGAUUUGACCAAGGAAGUGGACACCGAAAAGGCUCUAGAGGAGUUUGUCAAGUAUAAUCGCAAGAUUGAGAUGAAUGUUGAAGAAGGUGAAGUUGCUACUUAUUCCCUUGCCAAGCUCAGUGAGGAGGAAUGGGCUGUGGUUGGCAUGAUCCAUCACAUUUCCAUUGAUCGUGCCAGUUUGUUUCCGAUAAUGUCACAGUUUGUCGGCAUCUAUGACGCUCUGCGAACCGGUAAUGAUCUUGCCACUGUUUCUGCUCCCGAGUUCAACUACAUUGACUUCACGCUAUGGCACAAUGCCCGUCUGGCGUCUAAUCUUAUGAAACCUGACCUUGACUGGUGGAGGACAACUCUCAAGGGCAUCCCUCAGUCUAGCAAGCUUCUCCCUUUUUCCAAGGGGGAGCGCCCAGCAAGAAGUGAUCCUCUCCGCCAGAAAGUCAGGGCAAACCUCAACGCCAAGUUAUUUGCUCGUAUGAAGCGAAUUGCUUCACAGUCAAAUGGAACUCCAUUCCACUUCGUUUUGGCUGCUUUCAGGGCCUUCCUUUACAGAUACACCGAAGAUAAGGAUCUUGUGCUUCUCAUGGUUGACGGAAACCGACCUCAUCCCGAUACUGAUCCCCUGAUGGGGUUCUUUGUCAAUCUUGCUCCUGUGAGAUGUAAUGAUGACUGUGAUGUUCCGUUCGAUCAAUUGUUCCAGGCUACCAAGACUCGUGCUCUAGACGCCAUGGCUCACAGCGGUGUUCCCUUUGAUACCAUAGUCGACAUUAUGAAUGUCAAGAAGACGAGCAGCCACAUGCCUGUGGGCCAAAUCGCCGUCAACUACCAGAUUCACGGCCCUGUCCCGACUUACACUACCUGCGACUUUGUUGUUGAAAACGUCGAAUCGGACGACAUUCCCACCGCCGCCGAUAUUCAACUUGAAGCCAUUGAGACUUCUGAGCACAGCAUGGACCUCAAGAUUGAGUAUGCAACCGCUCUAUAUGACAAUCCCGACAUGGAGCGAUUCCUCGACAAUUUCAACACCUUCCUCGAAAGCUGUAUCAAGGACCACCGUCAACCCGUUGACGAAAUCAGCAUGUGUGGACCGCUCGAAAUCGAAUUUCUCAAGAAGAACUAUUGGAAUAUGGAGACUAAAGAGAAUCAGUGGGGGGAGCAGAGCGUACUUGAUGUAAUUACUGAGAUGGCAAGACAACACCCUCAAACUGCAGCGAUAAAAACUUCUGACUGCCGCAGCAUGACAUACAGACAGCUGAUCGAAAGCGCGGAGAGCGUAGCCUCUGAGCUCCUCAAUGCCGGCGCACAGCCCGGUGACAAAAUCGGACUGAUCGCUUUGCCCGGUCUUGAGGCCGUGACGGGCAUGCUCGCCGCCCUCAUGACGGGAUCGUGCUAUGUCGCGCUCGACACCGAUUUCGCCCACGACCGUCUAUCGUUUAUGCUUUCCGAUUCAGGCGCUGGGAUUCUCUUAACUGGCCCAGGCCAAGACGGCCUUGUGGCUGAGCUAUUGUCCAAGAUGGUGAUGGCCCCCAAGGUCAUUAGGAUCGAAGACGCUGCAGCCGCGGGCAGAACCGUUGCUCACCGGCGAGCACGACACCCCGAUGACCCUUUUUAUAUGAUCUAUACCUCUGGAAGCACCGGCACCCCGAAAGGAGUCGUGCUGAGGGAGUCCAAUACUCAAGCCAUGUUGGCAACAUUGAACAAAGACUAUGCCUUUUCACACGAGGACAACUUCCUCGCACAUACAACUACGUCAUUUGAUCUCUCAAUUGUUCAGAUAUUCGGUGGCCUAACAGCAGGCGCAACUGUCUCGGUUGCUUCAUGGGAAACACGCAAAGACCCCGUCGCGCUGGCUGACUUCAUGAUGAGAGAGGGCGUUAGUGUCACAUACUUCACCCCGACUCAAUUUGCACUUCUCAUGGAGUUCAACGGCGAGGCUCUUCGGAAAUGUUCCAAAUACAGAGUCGCCUACUUUGCUGGUGAGCGGUUGCCCGUCCGUGUUGCCAAGGCAUUCUACGAUCUUGGAACGCCUGCCACUCUCUACAACACUUGGUCUCCUUCCGAACUCGUUGUGCAGACGUCCAUAAGCAAGAUUGAUUAUCCUGGUGAGGGCAUUGUUAGUCUCCCUAUUGGAUAUCCCAUGGACAACUGCCGCCACUACCUCCUUGAUAUCAAAGGCAACCCCGUCCCGGCUGGUCAGAUUGGAGAACUGGUUGUAGGCGGUGUUCAGGUCGGUGCCGGAUACUUGAAUAGACCCGACGUCAACGCACAAUCAUUUGUUGAGGAUCCAUUUGCAUCCGAAGACGACCGAAACAGGGGAUGGAAUAGGAUGUUCAAGACAGGAGACCGCGGCCGCUUCCGACCUGAUGGCCAACUGGAGUUUCACGGCCGGAUUGCAGGAGACAAGCAAAUCAAGCUCCGGGGGUUUAGGAUCGACCUUGGUGAGUUGGAACAGGUCAUCUUCAAGGAGUCCCAGUCUUUGAAGAAGGCCGGCGCCCUUGUUGACAUUGCAGUCGUGGCUCGCACCGUCGACUCUGAUGAGCAGCAACUCAUUGCCUACCUCGUUCCUAAAGCUAGCAUCACCAACGAGGCUGACAAGAUCGCCAUUGUUUCUCACUUGCACCGCAAGAUUAAGCCGCAUCUCAACUACUACAUGCUUCCCAACGGAUACCAGUUUCUGGCCAAGCUUCCGGUUACCCUGGGCGGCAAGGUUGAUCGCAGAAACCUUUUGGAGCGACGGCUACAACUAUUGUUUCCGUCGAGCAUCACCACACAGCCUGGCAACACCGUCUCAGGUGAACCCACUGAAGAUCUGGAGGGAACCAUUCUUGCCCUUUUCAGAACUACUCUCGGCGGAGAAAUCGAGUUGAACGAUUCAUUCUUCGAGAGGGGUGGCAACAGUAUCCUCCUCGUUCGACUGCAAGCCAAAGUGAAGAAGCAGUUCAAGAUUGCUCCCCCCUUGCCCGCUCUGAUACGGGAACCAACUGCGGCCGCCGUCUGCGCAUACCUGAGGCGCGCAAAAGGUGGCGAUGGCACCGAUAAGGGUGGGCUUGCGAGUGUCAUCAGCUGGAAUGUCGAGACCAAUCUACCCAACACCAGCCAGUACAUACCACGAUACGGCAUCCCCCGCAUCGACCGCGAUGAACUCAAGUCCAUUCUCCUGACGGGGGCAGAAUCGUUCGUUGGAAUCCACCUUCUUGCGGAGAUUCUCCGAACCAAACGAGACGCCACGGUUCAUGUCCUCGGCUCCAUGGAGAAGCUGGAGCCGCAGGUCCUCAUUGAUCUCUUUCAGAAACUCGACCUGCUCCAGGACAGUCUGACCCUGGACGAUAUCAACAGCCGUGUCAAGUUUGUCCCGGGAUCAUUGAACCAGUCCAACUUUGGUCUGUCACGAUCUGCUUUCAGGGAACUCGGUCAGACGGUGCAAUCCAUCUAUCACCUCGGAGGUCACGUCUCGUUACUCAAAACAUAUACUUCUCUGAAGCCCAGCAACGUUACCCCCAUAUUCGAUAUUAUCAAACUGUCGGGCCUUGGGUCCCAUCUCUCCGACAUCAACUACCUGUCCACCUGGUCCGUUGCCCAUCUUCAGACUUGGUCUGCAUCCAAGCGAACGCGCGAGGAGUACGCCACUGGGGAAGAAGACAGUAGUCACUUCUCGCCGCCUACCGAAGACGAGUCCGGCUACUUCAAGACCCGAUGGGUUGCGGAGAACCUGCUGACCAAGGCUGCUCGUCGAGGAUUUCCAGUCACCAUCACCCGGGCUUCGGGUGUCACCGCCGCCGUCCGGGGUCCCGGCGUUCCCGACCCAGGUGACGAGUUCAUCAUGCGCAUCGUCGUGGGCAUGAUUGAGUCGGGCAUGGUGCCGCAGAUUGGCCGUGCCGACCAGCCAAGCUUCGCCGUCGACGUCGUGCCCGUGGACUGGCUUGCCUCGAGCCUUUUCGCGCUGACGUCCGAGAAGCAAGCUCUCUCCCGUGUUGCCCCGUCCGAGGUGUGCUCUGCUCCUCGGAUCUAUCACAUUACCAACCCGUUGCCGCUGCGCCUCAAAGACUUGCCCCGGAUUAUUGCGGAGCUCCGUUCGGAACAAACACGGCCUCGUAUGGUGUCGCUUGAUGAAUGGCUCGACAGUAUGGAGUCGGCGGAGGGCGAGAAUGCAGCCGGCCAGGUUGUGAGAAGCACGGUGCUCAAGCAGUAUCUUUCUACGGGUGGUGUCAUGUUUAGUCUGGAUAGCCGGAGGACGAUGGAUAUCCUGGAUGGUCUUCACCCCGGCGUGGCUGCUGGUUGUCCAGCUGUUGAUGCUGAGUUUUUGAGGGCGUUGCUUGAAAGAUUAAAGGGGGCUGACGACGUAUUCAGCGGCUAA